GUGACCCCGAUUUUUUUCUAAAAAAGCACUCAAUUUCAAAAAAUUUCGGUUUUCGGUUUUUAGAAUUUUAUAAAAAAAAUUUUUCAAAAAUUCCAGUUUUAAGACCGGUCGUGUCCCCUAUUUUAUAUAUAAUCCCAUCCUGAUUCCAAAUCUCAAACUUAUUUUUCAAUAGACAUAGGAAGAUUCGUAAUAUUUUAAACUUCUUAAAUCCUUUUUGGGAGAUAUAUUAUUAGCUGGAUCUCACUAUAUUUUAAUUAAAAAUAUUAAUUCUUUAAACUUCCAUAAAUUUAAAAUUUUAGUUAGUGUACAAAGUAGUUUCUCCACAUAUCCGAACAGAAGACCCCUAUGCGCCUGAUAUCGCAGAACUUCUUAAAAUUACAAAUUUAAGAAUUAAUUUUACAAGAUUGCAUUCUCUUGGAGAUAAUUUAUUGGAUUAUAGACCUGAAAUUGAUGAGAAAUAUUGGUAUGCCGUUUAUGAAAUAGUUGUAAGAGGAUCUUGCUCCUGUUAUGGACAUGCUCAACGUUGUGUUCCUGUUGGUGAUGAAACAAUAUUAACUGCGAAAUUACCAGACAUGGUGCAUGGAAAAUGUGAAUGUACUCAUAACACGAAAGGAAUGAAUUGUGAUGACUGCGAAGACUUUUACAACGAUUCCCCAUGGAGACCGGGCAUUGGAGAUCAAUCAAAUGAAUGUAAAAGAUGUGAAUGUAAUGAUCAUGCUACUCGUUGCCAUUUUGAUUGGGCUGUCUAUAAUGCUUCUGGAUUUUCUUCUGGAGGUGUUUGUGAUGAUUGUCAACAUAACACAAUGGGGAAAAAUUGCGAGCAAUGCAAACCUAAUUUUUAUCGAGAUCCUCAAAGGUAG